CCAUUAAGUAUGAGUCCCGCUAACAAAUCACAGGCAAAUAUAAGUGCAGAAGAUGAAGCAGAAAUACUGGAACUCGAAAAACUGCUGGGCGAAGCAGAAGAAGAUAAUGCAACCACUGCAGAGUCAGCAAAAUUAGCGCCCACUGUGGCUAAUGCUGUUCCAAAACUACGCGAAGACAGCAGUUUUGCGAAUGCAUUUAGUUAUGAAGUUGCAGUAAAACCUAAACAUACAAAUGUUAAAGAUCAAUCAAAAUUAAACGAGCCGGAACUCGAUUCAUCUGACGACGAAGAGGUCAAGAACUUCUUAGAGCGCAAGUACAACGAAUAUGGCAGUGAUAUCAAUAAAAAUCUAAAGCAACAGCAGGAAAGUGCACAUGAAAGCAAAGUGGCUCGUGAAGUGGAGCAAUCCCUGCGGACAACCACUAAACUGUUCACCUCAACAGAACAGCCUGAGGCUCUGCGUCUGAAGAAUCCUCAUAAUGCCAUCAAACGGCAGUCACUGAUCAGCAAUUCCUUUAAAAAGGCUCCACCAGCAGCAGCAGCAACAGCUAAACCAACAACCACACUACAACAAAACUCACUUACUGCUAUUUAUACAGAUCCAGUAUUUGGACUACGCUUGAUUAAUCCGCUCAUAUGCAGUUCGAUGCUGCAAGAACGCAUGAAUGGACGCAAUGCAGUGCCUUUCUCUGGUUUGGCUUUUCACAUAGAACGCGGUGAUCUGGCAAAGGAUUGGGUAAUAGCUGGUGCAUUGGUAUCCAAGCAACCGGUAAAAACUACAAAAAAAGGUGAUCCCUACUCCACCUGGCGGCUUUCGGAUUUGCGUGGCGAGGUAAAGACCGCAUCGCUAUUUCUUUUCAAAGAGGCACAUAAGGCACUUUGGAAAACCGCCGAGGGCAUGUGCUUGGCGGUGCUUAAUCCUACCAUUUUUGAAAAACGAGCAGGCAGCAGCGAUGUGGCCUGCCUUUCCAUAGAUAGCUCACAAAAGGUUAUGAUAUUGGGUCAAUCCAAGGACUUGGGCACUUGCCGUGCAACCAAAAAGAAUGGUGACAAAUGCACAGCGUUGGUGAAUCUAACAGACUGCGAUUAUUGCAUCUACCAUGUAAAGCAGGAAUAUGGCAAGAUGUCUAAACGCUCGGAAUUUCAAUCGCCUACUCUGGGUCGUGGUUUGAAUGAGCUGCGUAACAAGGUCUUGGGCAAAAGUGAGGUAUUUUAUGGUGGACAAUCGUUUUCAGCGGUGCCAGCACGCAAAAGCGCCAGUCUCAUCAACAAAGAGCGCGAUAGAUUAAGCAAACUGGCUGGCUAUGAUGUAUCGCCAUUUGCGCACAGCGUGGAUCAUGCUUCCAAGCCCAAGACGGAGAAAGUUGUGCCUUAUGCUGAAAGAGGCGGUCCAGUUUCCCGUUUAGCUGGUAAUGUGGAGGCCACAAGCAAACAGCGGCAACAGGAUAUCGAGCGUCUACGUCAGCUACGCGCUGAACAUGCACGCCUGGAAGCGACAGCAUCAACACUAAAAGCAACAGAAGCAGCACCAGCCACGCCUACAACACCAAAAAGCGUACCGGAAAAAUUUAAAAACCGCGGCUUCUCCUUCGAUGCCAAAUUGACGCCCAAGCUUGCUAGCAGCGAAAACUUUAGCUUCGAUGUAAACAUGGGCAAACGCCAGGCGCAGGUUUCCAAGCUAAAAGCGGCAGCGCUGCUUAAGAGCAAACCGCUGGAAAAGGUGAAUCCGAACUCCACGCGCGGCACUGACUCUGGCAAGCGGCGUGCUAUUGAUGAACUUAACGAACAGUUUACCAACACAGCCAAGCGUCAGAAAAUGGAGGAAGAUGAGCGUGAAUUAAUGCGAAAAUCACGCAUUGAGCGCAUUAUGGCCGCCAGUUCGAGUCACACAAAUCUGGUUGAGCUGCGGGAGCAGGAAGCGCAAAACGAUUACUUCAACAAGCUGGAACGCAAAGAGGCCAUGGAAGAGAAAAUGUUAAACACAUAUAAAAUGGACUGCAAAGCGGUCAUUUGUCAACGCUGCAAAUAUACCGCUUUCUCGGCCGCAGAGCGGUGCAAGCAGGAAAAGCAUCCACUCAAGGUGGUCGACGCACAGAAGCGUUUCUUCCAAUGCAAAGAUUGUGGCAAUCGCACCACAACUGUCUUCAAAUUGCCCAAGCAGAGCUGCAGCAGCUGUAAAAGCUCGCGCUGGGAGCGCACUGCCAUGAUACGAGAGCGCAAAGUCUGCACGGGACGUGAGGCACUCUCGAUACGCGGUGACGAGGAAGUCUUUCUGGGCAGCGUGGCCAGCGGUGCAAGUCUUAAUUUGCUUGUACCAGAUGAGGUGUAAAUAGAUUGUUGCAUUUUGUAGGUAGAGUAAUUUAUAUUGGCAUAUAUAUGUAUAUUGUGAAUAUAAAAUAUAUACAGUCUAGUAUGGUUUUUUGGCAUAUACAAAAUUUUCCAAAUGCUUAUUAUCUAACAAUAUUUGUGUGCGUAAUAAUUAUUUCUAAGAGAUAAAGUGCUAAA